AUGGCGGCAGGAGCUCGAACGUUUCCUCGUGAAAAUGAGGUUCUUGAAGGUUGUGAGGCAAACUUGUUGGUUAUUCCCUCAGCAAGACCGAUUUUUUUUUUCUUGUUUUGCAGGAGUUCAGAAACUGUCAGGAGACAAGAAACAGACAGUGGAGGCCUUAUGGAAAAUUUUCUUUGGAAAUCAACUACUGAUCUGAAUAGUGAGUGCCCAAGAGCUCGUCUUCAGCCAUCAUCAGUUGGGGUUUGUGGCAAGGUUGUAGCAAGAGGCUCUCUUGAGCUGAAUGACUGUAAAAAGCCAAUAACUGGAGUUAUUUUCAGAGGGAGUAUUCCACAUCCCUCUAAACUUAAGAAAAAGAAACGGAAACGGUCCAACAACCCCCCAAGAAUGCGUCAAAGUCAACAAGGUUUCGAUGUGAUAGCUCAUGUGGCUCAGCUAAGAAGGAAACAUGUGGAAUUCAACUGGCUUCCUACCAAUCAAAGAGAUGACUUAGCAUCUUCAAGUCACUCAGUAGAGGAAGAGCCAUUUCCACCUGGUAGUACAGGACCACAAUGUGUUCCCAGCACUCCAACUCUGCUAUCAAGUGAAUCAUUUGAGUUACAUCUACCUCCAACUUCACACAAUUCCAAGGAGAGGGCUAUGGAUCUUUUUAAUUCUUACUACCAGAUAGUUACUGGGCAAUUUUCUAUACCCUCGUAUGCAGUUGCAAGGCGCGAAAGAUCAGUGGCGCAACUUCAGGAAGAGAAACUGCAUAAAAGCCACCCGGAUACCAAACAUACCCAGUUGCCCAUCACUGACCGUUUAACUCCAGUAGUGGAACAACAGAGUUUGGCAGCAUGGCUAAAUCAUCAAAAUUUUCAAUAUUUACCAGAAAAACUGUUUCAUCCAAUUAUCUCAGAACCUCCCAAAGAGGAAUGAAGGAAAGGUUCUAAACACACAUUUUGAUAUAAUCACUUUCCGUCUUAUGAUUUUUUACGUUGUAAAUUUGUAUACUGUGCUGCUCAUUUUGAAUAAUGUAAAUGAAUUAAGAUGAGAAAUUAAGCUAUCAAAUCGAUCAAAUUCCUUUUUUUUUCUUCGGAAGUCGGAUCCAUCCGGAUACUGCCCAAAAGCUGUGC